AACUGGUAAAUAAACCUAUACGUUAAUUUCGAAGUGUCAAAACAAAACAAAUUAUAAAUUUUUAAUAUAAUACGUUUAUCCUAAAAAUAUUUGCAUCGAUAUGUCGCCUUAAAGACUUAUUUCCUUUAUAACGUAACAUUUAUAUUCUAAAUUUAAUGCACUGAUUCCAUAGAUUUUAUACUACGGUUUUUGUUUGAAAUGACAAGUUUUGCGUUGCGCAGUACACUUUCUUAUUGUUCUGUCAUUCUGUUUUUUAUAUGAAGGGUUUUUGUUUAUGUUUACAUUGUGUUUUCAUAGUGUUUUAUGUUGAUUAUGAAUGUUUGAUAAUUACAUAUGAAAACUAGUGUCCUAAAUAAUAUUUAUUUUAUACUUGUCGAGGACUUAAAACAGUGAUGAAAUAGCACUUACAACCAAAACUAAAAUAUGACUUCAAACAAGCGGAAUAACAAACACGACGAUUGUGGAGUCACCGAAAAUACGGAUUUAAGUGAUAAUAGUGACAGUAUUUAUAACUCAAACAAACCUAGAGUAAAUGCCAGUAGAACUGAUGAUAACGAAAUGGAUCAUAUACAGUUAUCUCCAAAUACUUAUGAGGGGUCAAGAAAAAGACGUAGGAGUAAUAAAAUUGUAUCGGACAGUGACCACAAACGUAAUGCACAAGAGCCACCUGUAAAAAGAGAAAAAAGUACAAAUGAUACACCAUGUAGUUCCAAUCAAGAAGCAGAUUCACAGGAGUUGUACGGUUUGAAACCAGAAUAUGUGAAACAUUUAAAAAUCACACCACCUCUCACUCAAUGGGUAUAUGUUAACAAUUUCAGGUGUGAUAAGACAGAAUUGAAAGAGUUAUUGGAGUUGGCGGGACAUGUCGUCUCCUGCACCGUUGUUCACGCUCAUUCCAGAUAUGCCAAUGUUAUGUAUAGUCACCCCUUGGAAGCCGUACAGGCUAUAUCAAUGUUAAAUGACCGGAAACUCUAUGGUCUCAAUUUGAAAAUUACUAUGAUAAAAUAUCCAAAUAACACAGUUCUCCUACCAAGAGGUCUUACUGAUAUAGGCAAUGGUUUUGGACUUAAUGGCAAACCUUUAAGGGACGUUGCGAGAGAAUAUGAAAAGUUUGUAAAUAAACAACCUUGUUUGAUAAAUAAAUCUUUAUUCAAGUCCCUUGAUUCGAAUUGUGGACAAAAUGACAAUGACAAUCGACAUGUUAAAAGAGAAAAACGUUGCGAUAAAAAGGAAAUAAAAGAGGAAGGUAAUAAUUGUGAAGUAUCAACAAAAGCGAUGGAAUUUGAUAAUAUAAUAGCCUUCAUAAUUAAAAAUAUGGAUGAUAUAGUUGACAGUAUCAAUAUGGACUGUGGUAGUGAUAUUGCAGAGAAAAAAAGCAUCAACAAGGAAAGUAAACGUGAAGAUAGUAAUUCUAUUAAAGAAUCUGAUAAAGAAGCAACCACCCAAGGCAAGGAUCAAAGUAUUACAGACAAUCAAAAAGACAAAGUAAAUGUAGCCAAAGCAAUACCUCAUAAAUCAGAUAAUAAUCCAUCAAACUUGUUACCAUCAAUGUCUACAAAACCUGUUGAUAGUCGUUAUGAAGAGACACAGAAUACGCAGAACACUUUUACGGCGUCACUACAGCCACAGACACAAGGAAUUAGUCCCAUAGGAGAGAAGGUAGAAGAUGUUAAGUCACAUGGUUCUAUUAGUACCAUGGCUGAAACCAGUGGGUCUAUAGGUAGAUCUAAUUGGCCUAUGAGUGGGCCUGCUGGACCAAUAGGUCCGUUUGGUCAAAUAAAUGGUCCAGCAUGGCAGAUGAGUUCCAAUAGUUCCAUUGGUGGUUCCAGUUGGUCCACAGGUGGUGCAAGUGGUUUAAUGGGUGGUCCUACGGGUAGUUCAAAUGGUUCUAUGGGUGGCUCAAACGAACCGAUGAGUGGCCCCAACAGAUCGAUGGGUGGCCCCAACGGGCCGAUGAGUGGCCCCAACGGACCGAUGGGUGGCUCCAACGGACCGAUGGGUGGCCCCAACGGGCCGAAGACUGACCCCAAUGGACCGAUGGGUGGCCUCAACGGACCGAUGUGUGGCCCCAACGGGCCGAUGAGUGGCCCCAACGGACCGAUGGGUGGCUCCAACGGACCGAUGGGUGGCCCUAACGGACCGAUGAGUGGCCCUAACGGACCGAUGGGUGGCUCCAACGGACCGAUAGGUGGUCCCUGUGGUCCGAAUGGUGGCCCCAACGGACCGAUGAGUGGUUCCAACGGGUCGAUGGGUGGUUCUAACGGACCGAUGGGUGGCCCCUGUGGCCCGAUGAAUGGCCCCAACGGACCGAUGGGUGGUUCCUGCGGUCCGAUGGGUGGCCCCUGUGGCCCGAUGAAUGGCCCCAACGGAUCGAUGGGUGGCCCCUGCGGUCCGAUGGGUGGCCCCAACGGUCCGAUGAGUGGCCCCAACGGAACGAUGGGUGGAUCCAACGGACCGAUGGGUGGCCCUUGCGGCCCGAUGGGUGGCCCCAACGGACCGAUGGGCGGUCCCUGCGGUCCGAUGGGUGGCCCCAACGGACCGAUGGGUGGCCCCAACGGACCGAUGGGUGGCCCCAACGGACCGAUGGGUGGCCCAGGCGGUCUGAUGAGUGGCCCCAACGGGCCGAUGGGUGGCCCCAACGUUCCUAUGGGUGGCCCCAACGGUCCGAUGGGUGGCCCCAACGGUCCGAUGGGUGGCCCCAACAGGUCGAUGGUUGGUUACAACGGACCGAUGGGUGGCCCUAACGGACCGAUGGGUGGCCCUAACGGACCGAUGGGUGGCCCUAACGGACCGAUGGUUGGACCCAACGGACCUAUGUGUGGCCCCAACGGACCGAUGGGUGGCCCCAACGGACCUAUGGGUGGCCCCAACGGACCGAUGGGUGGACCCAAUGGACCUAUGGGUGGCCCCAAUGGACCGAUGGGUGGCCCCAACGGACCGAUGGCUGGCCCCAACGGACCGAUGGGUGGCUUCAACUGGCCGAUGGGUGGCUCCAAUGGGCCGAUGGGUGGCUCUAAUGGUUCCAUGGUUUGUCCUAUGAGUGGCUCAAAUGGUCCCGGUGGGCUCAUGAGUGGACCCAGCGGUUUUAUGGGUCGCCCCAAUGGGCCUAUGGGUGGCCCCAAUGGUUCCAUGGGUGGCACCAACGGGCCCAUGAGUGGCCCUACAAGUACGGGUUCUAUGGGUGGUUCUAACAGUCCCAUGAGUGGUACCAACAGUCCAAAUGGUCUCAUGAGUAAUCCCAAUAUACCUAUGGGUAGUUCCACUGGUCCUAUGGCCAGUUCUAGUGACUUUGUCUCUAGUCAUUCAGGGCCUAUGUAUGGUUCUGAAGCAUCUAUGUCUGGUUCUAAUAAUUCCAUACCUUCCUCUACGAUCCGUCUACAAAAUUUGCCGCCAACUGUAACCUUUACAUUACUCUGCAACAAGAUGUCACAGUGCGGUCAGGUGAUGUCUCUGCGAUUGGGGUCACCUGGGUGUGCCUUCGUGAAGUUUAAUCUUCCAAAGCAUGCUGAUGUGUGUUUCCGACGCUUUAAUAACAGCUAUAUAGAGGGGCGCCGUAUAGAGGCCACGUACGUGUAAAGGCGAUGACCUCCCAAAUUGGACAAAUUUUGGACUGCCGACCACGUGAUUUCUCCGUCAGUGGGCUGUAAGUAGGCACUUGUAUUGAAAGAAUGGCUUAAUAUUAUAUAAAUAUAAGUAUACUAAUAAGUUAAUAUUAAGUUUUUUUUUAAUUUUAAUAAAAAUAGCAUAGAUAUCUAUAAAUUAAUUUUAAGUUAUUUUUAACUAUAAUUUAUCGUCACUGCAACCGUUAACUGUACACUAUUGAACAUAAGCCUACCCCAUAAAGGGAUUAUUGCCAGUAGUUGCCACGUUGGCGUUGCAACCGCAGUUAAGCUUGAGGGAUGCUUAAGAGUGAUGCUGCUGUCCAUUAAGGACAAUUUAAGUGUUAAAUUUGAAAUGUAUUUUAUAACUGUUAACAAUACCAAUUUUUUUUAUUUAAGGGUGACUAUUCACUAAAGGCUGUUGAAAGUCGAUAUUCUUCCUCAGGGAAUUCAUAUAUUAGAUAUAUUAGAUAUUUUACUAAGAAAUAACAAUUAUUAGAAAUAAUGUAAGUAAUGUUAAAUUUAUUUCCAAAAGAGAUCUUUUACUGUCAAUUUAAACAUGGUAGCAUAGGAAGUUAAUCAAUACAUAUAAUAAAAUCGUAAUUGGUCGCUGUCUGUACAUAGAAGAUAUAUAAGAAAACGUAUUACAGGAGGAGUAUAUGAACGCAAUAGAAUCUGAAAUAUUGAUUUUUAGAAUUUUUGUCUGUAUGUCUGUACGUUUGUGCAAGCUAAUCUCAGAAACGGCUGAACCGAUUUGAAUGCGGUCUGCUCUAUUAAACAUUUAGUGUUUAUUUUAUUUCAACCGGUUCAUAAAUAAAAAAGGUAUAUCAAUAUAAAGAACCACAUUUGAAAUGGCUGAAACUUCUUUUAUUAUAAGUAUUGAUUUUUGAAAAUUCUGUCUAUUCGUGCGAAGCCGGGUCGUAUCGUUAGUUUAUUAAUAUGAUUAAUAAAUUCACAUAUGUCAUAUGUCUAUUAUUUUAGAUUGUUUGUGUUUAGGAUAAGUUUAUUUGUAGCAUUUAGAACUAAGUAACUAUUGUACCAUGUAAAUGGUUAUUUAUUUUUAAACCUUAUUUCAUCAAUGUUGAAAAUUAUGUGCAGUGUUCCAUUUUAGUUUUUUGAGUACGAUCCUAAUAUUUAAUAUAAAAAAUAUCUAUUUAACAUAUGUGUAGUACAUUUGUUAAAUACUACUUAACAAUUUAAUACGAGUAAGUAAUUAUAUUUUACAUUAAGUUUAAUUAUAAUUAAGUUUUUAGUCCAUAGUUUUGUCAGUAGGUUAACCCUUCUUUGCAUGUUUUUUUUUUUGGUGAAGUAAAUCAAGGUGAUAUAAUUCAUGUUCAACAUUAAAGGAAAAACGUUAAAAAAUAAAUGUGACAGCUUUGUUUUUUUUUCUGCAAUAUACAUUAAAAAGUUAUUAAGACACGAUUAACUUAAAGUGAACUUGUUCUUUUAUAAAAUUUUUGGACAUUCAAUGUUAUGAUGGAAAUUUCCACCAUUAUGCAAAGAAGGGUUAUCCCUAUUGUAUAUACCUAACCUAACGUACAUACUUAUAUAUUUUAAAUAAAUAGUUAUAUUUAUUAUUCCUGAGCUACUAAUAUUUUCUGCAUGUUGUUUAAGUACUAAGAUAUAAUAAAUAAAGUAGUAAAAUAAGCGAAUACAAAUAUGUGAUAUAAACAACAUGUUUUGUUUUUAACCAUUUUUUAUACUGGUAUACUAGCUACCUAUGUACUUUUAAAAGAAUAAGUUGGAAUUGAAUAAGCCUAUUUUUUCCAUAUAUUGAAAAAUUGCUAUAAAGCCUGACUCUUAAGUGCUAGGGGAAGAGGGAUUGUUAGUAAUGGGGUCUAAUUGCCCCAUUGUUGUUGCUAGCAAUAAACCCUAAGUAUAUUGCUAGUAACGCAUUAAAUUUAAGCAUAGCAUUAAAAAAAUCUAGACUUUUAAGUGUUACGAAUAUGUUACUUAAAAUCCCAUUAUAUUUUACUGUUUACAUACGUCAUUACUGUCUUGGAUACCCAUAAAAAUUAUAAAUAAAUAUAUAUUAACUAUAAAUCAAGAA